UUUUUUUUUAACAUGGAUGAUAGUAUUACAAUUCAAGAAGACUCUGGAAGAUAUUUACAAGAAUAUAUUCAAAGCCUAGAGAAUCUUCCGAGUGAAAUACAGUAUCAUUGGGCAGAAAUACGCAACCGAUACGAUAAAGCAAGAGUAUCUGAAAAACGUAUUCGGUCUGGUCAACACGAUCUUGCCAAGAUUCAUAGACAAUGGUUUAGUGAUCAUCAAGAUCCUGCCGAGAAAAGAGACAAACUACUCAAGAAUCAGCCUGUGAUAAUAAAGCGUAUUCAUGAAGACUAUCACCAACUACACGAUCUUGCUAAUGAACGAGUGUCCUUGGCUGAAGAAGCACUUCGAUUAGUGGAUCGACACUUGACUCGAUUACAAAAAGAUCUAGACCAACAUGACUUGGAACAUCCUGAACUAGCUCCACCCCCAUCCACAACGCGCACAGGAUAUGCAAUAUCACAUCAUAAACGAUGUAAGUUACCAUAAAACAAUGCAUGUAUUGUACUCAAUUGCCAUUGAUAGUCCAUGAGAUAGAACAAGACAACGAAGAAGACGAAGAAGAAGAGGAAGAGGAUUCAAUACUAGAUGAAGAAUCAGACCAAGAAGAUCGUAUAAAAAAAACACAAGAAGCAGCCAUGAAGAACCAAAAAAGAAAAAAAGAUGAACCAUUGUACUGUUAUUGUCAACAAGUAUCGUAUGGAGAAAUGGUGGCAUGCGAUGGUGAAGUAAGUAACAGAUAUGUUCUACUUUAGCUUUUAAACAUCACUAGAAUUGUCCUUUUGAAUGGUUUCAUAUGGAAUGUGUUGGCUUAGAUGAGCCACCCAAAGGUGCUUGGUUUUGUCAAGAUUGUUCAGCAGAAUUGCGUAAACGAAAACAAAGUCUACAGAACAUGCCUAAGAAGAUAAAAAAAAGACAUGCUUAAAUUAUUCUAGUAAUAAAGAACA